AUGUGGGACCUCUUGAGCGAAGUACAACAGCGAUUCCCCUCUACGGAGGGCACAAGCUUUCUUAGUUUCAGAAGUAAAAGUCUCUUUUUUACCUGUUGGUCUGUAGGAUUAGGUGGUUUGAGUACUGUCUUUGGAGAUCCCGGAUACUCACAGAGAGCAAUUGCUAGUGAUACCACAGCGGUGUUCGCAGGCUAUAUAAUGGGAGGCAUAUGCUGGUUUAUCGUACCAUGGGCUCUAGGCUCAUCCAUCGGUCUAGCAUCUCGUGCCUUACUCACAAAUCCCAAUUUUGUUACCUAUCCUAAUGAGCUUAGUAGCUUUGAAACCAAUGCAGGAAUGCCCCUUAUCUAUGCUUUGAACACAAUUUUUGGAAAGAGUGGAGCUGCGGCGGGCCUUGUCAUGAUUUUCAUGUCCGUUACGUCGGCUACUUCUGCAGAGCUAAUUGCUUUCUCAUCGAUUUUCAGCUACGAUAUUUAUAAGAAUUACAUUAAUUCCAAGUCAACUGGUGAGCAAAUUGUCAAGGUUGCACAUUGGAGCGUGGUGUUUUUCACUCUUUUGUCGUCCGGUUUAGCUGUUGUCUUUAAUUAUGUAGGAGUUAGCACUGGUUGGAUUAUUUCCUUUUACGGUAUCAUCCUUGGACCAGAAGUCAGUGCCUUGGUGCUAUCUUUAUAUUGGAAAAAAUUUUCCACCAUAGCGAUAGUUGGUGGAUGCAUUUUGGGUACUAUAAGCGGUAUCGUAUGUUGGAUUGGUGGCACUUACCAUUGGAGUGGUGGGCUUGUAAACAAAGACACACUUAUGAUACCUGAGGCUACAUUCGUGGGGAAUAUAGCAUCAAUUUUUUCAUCCCUCAUUUAUUUUAUAAUUAUAUCAGCUUUAAAACCUGCAGAUUUUAAUUUUGACAUAUUCAUGAACUCUUUUGAGGCUGGUGAUGAUGCUUUGGAAAGAGAAAUCGAAGCUAUGCACAUAGACGAAAAGCAAAGGAAAUCUUUGAGGAACAGGUCUUAUGCAAGUAUAUUACUCAAUGCGUUCUUUUUGAUUGGAGUUGCCGUUGUUUUACCAUUAUCUUUCUAUGCUGCAAAAAGUGCUUUCUCGAAAAGAUUCUUUACUCUGUGGAUUGCAUUCAUGAUGGCAUGGCUAUUGAUCGCCGCUUCUUAUCUCGUCAUUAUGCCACUUUGGCAAGGCCGAUUUGAGAUAAUUCUGUGCAUGAAGCAGUUUAUACGUGGUCAAUCUCAAUCAAUUGUAGAUGAGGAUAAUUCUACUCAUGAUAAAGGUCGAAAUGAGAAACUUAGUGAUAUUGAAAUUAACAUCAGUAAUAUAUAA